AUGACCGGCGGCGGCACGGACCUCAGCGUACCUGAUGGCGGUGCUGUGUUUACGUUUGGGAAGAGUAAGCUCCGCGAGAAUGUGCCGAGUCGCUUCUGGUUGAAGACUGACGUGCCUUCCCACCUCGCAUGCGGCGACGCCCAUUCCAUCCUGGCCACAGCCCAGGGUCGUGUGUAUGUGUUUGGCAGCAACUCCAGUGGUCAACUGGGUCUGGAGACUAAUGGCCCUCUAAUCAAACCAACACUCGUGAGAGCACUGAGAUCUGAGAGGGUGGACCUGGUCGCAUGUGGGAGGAACCACACCAUCAUCAGCACCACUACAGGUCAGCUGUACUCUGCGGGCAGCAACAGGGACGGUCAGCUGGGUCUGGGUCACCAUAGCAACAGGACCACCUUCCAGCCCCUGCAGCCCUUCUGCGACCGCCAGCCAAUCAAAAUGCUCGCCGCCGGCAAUAAGACCUCAGCCGCCCUCACAGGUGAGUUGUUCAUGUGGGGCGAUAACUGUGUUGGCCAGCUGGGCCUGGGCUUCCUGAAGCACACCGUGUUACCACGGGAACUGCAGGUGGGCCGACCAAUCACCUUCGUCUCCUGUGGCCUACAACAUUCCGCUCUGAUCACAGAUGCGGGAUGCUUGUUUACGUUUGGUGAAAGCUCUGGCGGGCGAUUGGGUCUUCCCCCUCUCCAGCUAGCCAAUCACAGAGUGCCUCAGCCCGUCAACAUUCCAGAAUGCGUCCUCAAGGUGGCCUGUGGAGGCAGACACACACUCGUGCUCACAGAGGUGUGCGUGUAUGCGUUUGGCCGAGGCGAGUGUGGACAGCUGGGUUUGGGGGCGUCGAUGUUUCAGGCUGACCUGCCCACAGCUGUCAAUCACUCCGGGAGGGGCGGAGUCUCGCACAUCACCUGCGGAGAGAAACACUCGGCCAUUGUCACAGGGGGCGGUUUGCUGUAUACGUUUGGCGACGGGCGUUUUGGGAAGCUGGGCCAUGCUGAUGAGAACUACGCCAACCAAUUUCAGCCCACUCUGUGCCUACGCUUCCUUAACUACCACGUCAUGAAGCUCUCCUCCAAUCACGUCACAGUAUCCAGCCCAGAGCCCACACCUCUGCAUGCCAGCCUAUCAUCUCGAGCCAGGCGCCGGGAGAGGCCCCAGGCCCAGCCCCAGGCUCUGCCCUUGCCACAGAUCCACCUGCCCCUGCCCCAGCAUCAGCCCCAUCCUCAGGCACAGGCGGUGUCCCUCACCCCCAUCUCCCCCAGGCCCUGCUCCAGAGGGGUGGGCACAGGGAUGGAUGUGGGUUUACGUCCCUCCAGAGGAACAGGGGUGGAGUUGGACUCCACGAAACGUCCCUCCACUGCACCCCAGCUCAGCCUGACGCCCGACACUCCCAAACGCAAAGCCAUCGCCAUCACCGCCGCCGCCGCUGACACAACUGGUAAGAUGGCUGUCCCAGCUGUGGACAGGAAACAGGACGUUGGCACUGAAUCUCAUGCGCAGAGGCCUUCGACAGGCGGGGAGGGAUCAAGUCUGGCCUCUCCCACAAAGAGGCUCAGGCAGAAUGCAUCCAAGGACACUGUCGCCAUCGAUACGGAAACAGACGACAAAAUCACCUCUCCCGCAGCACUGGGGGAAGGUCAGCUUGUCAAGGUCCUGAAAGGUCAAGCAGAGGUUGUCACCCUGAGGGACACAGAGAGCCCGCUGGAGGUCAGCUCAAGGACAGAGACUUCAGGCCACCGCAGAUCACAACACACAACCCCCGUCAAGGUCACGCAGCUGAGGACAGAGGUCAGGUCGCCUAAAGCAAAGGUCAAACAGGCCACACCGGCCACUGGAGAAGGAGAGGCAAUGUCGGAGGAAAACCCCGGAUCUGAGGGUGGCCAGCAGGCCUUAAGCAGAUCAGCACUUUCGCCCAGCGAGCCGGACUCACACGUAAAGACUUCAAAGGCAAAAAGUCUGUCAGCGUCCCAAGGCAAAGCCAGCAGAUCUGCCCCCAAGAGAGAUGUGGCAGAGAUUGACCAAUCAACGUCCAGCAAUCGCUCGACUCCUGAUGAGAGCAAGUUGCUCUUCAGUCCAUGGUCAACACCAUCUAAAGCCCUUCCCAGGCUUAAAGAGAGUCCAUGGUCAACCCCUUCUAAAGCGCUUCCCAAACUUAAAGGCAGGGGAAGAGGACAUGGACCGGAUGACCAUUGGACAGCAAAGCCUGUCAACCAAUCGCCAUCGUCCAGUCCAUGGUCCACCCCGACUCUCAGCCCGUCGCCCACCAAGCAGCAGCCCAGCGACCUCCUGGGUAAUGUAGCGUCGGCUGCGACAGGUGUGUCCGCACUGGCAGGUUUAGCGGGGCUCCUACAGCAGGUGGCAUCACAUGACAUGCCAGAGGUCAACACUGACCCAUCAGCAGCUGGCGGUGACCAGGAAGCAGUGGAGCAGAGCACCAAUCAGGCUGAGAACUCAAGUGUGGCAGAAGAGGAGGAGGACAGGGGAGGAGAGGUGCAGGAAGAGGAGGAGGGAGGAGACGUAGAGGAAGAGGAGGAGGGAGGAGAGGUAGAGGAGGAGAGGGAGGAUGAGGAAGGCAGGGAUACUUUGGUUGGAGAAGAGGAGGGAGGGGAGCAGGAGAGCAAGAGAGGAGAAGUGGGAGGAGACACGGAGAGUGGAGAGGUAGAGGAGGAAGAAGAAGAAGGGGGAGGAGAGGAAGAGGGGGAGAGCGAAAGAGGAGAAGGAGGACGUGAAAUGGAGAGUGAAGAUGGAGAAAAAGAUGGAGAGGAAGAGAGCAGCCCGGUGGCAGAGAGCGGAGGAGAGCAGGAGGAAGAGGAGGAGGGAAAAGAGAGGGAGAGCAAAGGAGGAGAGAGUGAAGAGAGCACAAGCAGAGAGAAAGAGACAGAAGGGUAUGAGAGUGGACAGAAAGAAAGUGGGGAAGAUAGGGGAAGUGAAGGUAGAGAGAGUGCAGGAACGAGUGAGGCGGCGAAAGAGAGUGGUGAAGGAGGAAGUGAUGGAGUGAAAGAGAGUGGAGAAGAGGAGGAGGAGGAGGAGGAGGAGGGGACGGUAAAAGGGAGCGAGGGAUCUGUAGAGGAGGAGGAAGAGGGAGAAAAGACAGGAAACAAAAGUGCGGAGGACGCGUCACAGAAGGAGGAAGGUGAAGAGAGUGACUGGGACACUGAAGAGCUUGGAGUAGGGAAGGAAGAGGAGGAUGAAGAGAGCGGCCGGGAAGGAGUGGAGUCAGGGCAGGGCACAGAAGAGGGGGGUGAGGGAAAAGGUGUGGAGGAGGAAGGGAAGGACUUAGGAGGAGAAGAGGCAGAAGAAGAGAAUAAAGAAGAGGGAGAAGAAGAAGAAGGGAUAGAAGGAGAGGUGGGGAAGGAAAAAGAGAAAAAAGUAAAAAAGAAAGGCAAGGAAGACAAGAAAAACAGAGAAAUGGGAGGAGAAAAGGAGAAAGGCAAGAAGAAGACGAAGGAGGGAAACAAGGAGAAGACGGACGAAGAAGAGGAACAGUCAGAGGCAGAACAAGGAGAGAGAGAUGAUGAGGAAAGAACUGUAGAGGGAGAGGUGGAAGAGGAGAGAGAGAUAGAGAAAGAACCUAAAGAGAGAGAGAUCAACAGGGAGAGGGGGAGCAUCCGACAGCAGAGGAGAUUAAAGAAAGACAAAGCUGUAGAGAGAGAAGAAGAGGAGAGAGAAGAGGAGGAAGAGAAGGAGAAGGAGGAAGAACGGGUCAAAACGAAGAUGAAGGCCAAAGAAAGAGAGAAACCAAAACAGGAGGGUGGACAGAAGAAAGAAAAGAAGCAAGAGAAGCUAGCGAGUGAAGAAGAAGAGGAAGAUGAAGAAGAGGAGGAGAAACCCAAGCUGAGAACCAAAGAAGGGACACAGAAGCAGAGAGGAAAAGAUCAGAAGAGAGAAAAGAAAGAGGAGAAGAAAAAAGGAAAACAAACGGAGGAGAGCGAAGAGGAAGAUGAAGAUGAGACGUCGCAGGAAGAGGAGCGUCAUCAGAGGACCAAAGAAAGAGCAAAAGGUAAAGAUGAAAGGAAAGGAAAGAAAGAUGAAAAGGGUAACAAGAAAGAAAAGAAGAAAGAGACUUCUGAGGAAGAGGAGGAGGAAGAGGAGGAGGCGUCUGAUGAUGAAGAAGAAGAGGAAGAUGCUAGACCUCAACCAAAGACCACUAAAGGUCUGAAGAACACACAGAAAGGGAAGGGACAGAAGAAAGAAAAGAAGGAAGAGAAGAGCAAGAAACAAGAGAAGAAAAAGAAACAGAGUGAUGAUGAUGAGGACGAAUCUGAGGAAGUGGAGGAGGAGGAGGAAGAAGAGGAGGAGGAAGACAAACAACACAAGAAAGAAGACAAGAAACCCAAGAAAGUGCAAUCAACUGAGAGUGAAGAUGAAGAAGAAGAGGAGGAGGAAGAAGAAGAAGAAUCGGAGGAAGAGUACGAGUCCGAAGAAGAAGUGAAAGUAAAAAGUAAACAGCAGGGCAAGACGACACAGAGAGAAGAGUCCAGCGAGGAGGAAGAUGAAGAUGAAGAAGAGGAGUCCAGCAGUGAAGAGGAGGAGGAGGAAGAGGAGCCAGUGAAAGUUAAGAAAAAUGUUAAACAGCAACAAAAACCGAAACAGCUGAAGAAGCCGGCACGACAGGAGACAACCACCAGCGAUGAUGAUGAGGAGGAGGAGGAGGAGGAAGAGGAGGAGGAGGACGAAGAAGAGGAGGAGGAGGAGCCUAAGAUAAAGAGUAAAAAAGCCAAAGCAGCAGCUUCAAGGAAGCCGGCAAGUAGACAGACAAAAAAGCAGACAGGUAAACAGCGAGGCAGAUAGGCAAACAAAAAAGCCGACAAGUAAAUAGAUAGAGGAGAAAGUCAGCAGGUAAAGAGACAAGUAUAAUGUCAGCUUCCAUCGAAAGUGACUUACAGAUAAAGGGUGGACAUAAGAGGAGGGGACGUAAAGUAACAUGCAGUGUGUUGGGAUAUACUGUAUAUUGCACAGGCAUGACCUGCAGUAUUUUCAACGUUUCUGCUACAUCCUGAUACAGACAGAAUAAAAUAAGUUGGAGAAAUUCUCUGACUUGCUGAUGCCCAUGGCUACGAUCAAAAAUACAGAAACUAAUUGACUGGACUGGACUUGGCUCGGGUUUUCAUUUCAUACCUCCGCUCCCCUGACUCUGCCACACCAGUUUCCGCCCCCCAUGACCACUUCCUGGCACAGGAACUUCCUGUUGUCUUCUGGUAGCGUGAUGCAGGGGUGCAGAGUCCUCCUGUCCUUUCCUGUGGGAU